AAGAUUGAGCAGAUCAUCUGAAUCUGGAUCUUAUUGCUGGGUUUUCUUGCGGGGGAACCGGGCUGCUGCCAUUCGUCCCCACUCCUUCUCGGAGAUUUUGUCAGAAGACGUAGUCCAGGGCGCUGCAAUAAACACACUUCAGCCUGGGUUCGUGCUUUGAGAGGUUUGACCGACGGCACAGUGAGCCUAUCGGCACAGAGCACGGCCGCCCUUUGCCCAAUAGCAAUGGGGGGGCGGGGAUAGAGGGGGCGGGCCGUGAGCGCUUACGGUAGCUGCUGGCUGGCAGUGUCAGUGACAGCGCGAUGGCUGCCCGCGGGUUAGUGAACGAGAGGGAGGCUGGAUGAGACAGGAUCGCGUUUAAAUUAAAAAACCCUGGCCGUCGCUCGGCCCCUUUCAGAGACUGUUGGACGUUAUUCUGCGCCGAUCCGGAGAGAAGAAGAAGGAGAAGGGUCCCCGAGCGAGGUGGUGUGGCGGAUCUCCUCUGCUCGCACGUCGUCCCUGAGCCCCGCUGCCUCAGGCCUGGACUCAGACCCCGGGGUGGGAGUAGCGCCGAUGCCGCGCUUCGAGCGCCUCUAAGCGGCUACGGCAGCUGAGGCGAAGGCUUCUACUUCUCCCGCAGAGAAAGGUGUGCCGUUUCCACGCGAGUUUAAGAAAGCCGGCUCUCGGCGCGACGGAAUUGCUCAGCAACUAGAGACAGUGGUUUUAUUUUCGGUAGUUUUUUUUUUCCCCUCCGGAAUAGUGUGUUUUUAUGGUGAAUGUGCUACGGCGUAAAGCCCUGAGCUGCUGCCCAGCCGUACGCGCAGUAUCAGGCAGUGUGCCGCAGACUGCAAGUGUCGUGUGCCUUUUUUUGCGGAUGUGCGAGGUAUUCUUCACUCCCCCGCCCCGCCGAGUACAUUUUUUGAAUGAGCUCAAAAUGCUGUCGAGAAGCGACACUAACAUCUUUUAAAGGGCAGGAAGGAGACGUGUUUUUUUUUUCCUCCCCAACACGAGGGCGUGCUUGCUUGCUCUUUCUGUCCACGGUGCGACAUCACCAGAGCCGCUUCCGCGGCCCGAUUUCUUCCGUCAAACCAGAUAUCCCCCCCCCGUUGUUUCAGGCCGAUCUUUCUUGAAACAUUUUCCUCGGCGUCUUUUUUUUUUUGAAAGCCCUUCUUUGUUGUGAUAGUUUAACCCCGGACGGGAGAACAAUGGACCCAUAGACGAGGCGCCCUGCGAGAGGCGCAUCGCUGCCCAACACAAAGAUGCGUGUGUCUCCUCAGGGGAGGGGAUUGCUGAUGGACUGCGGUCUGCAUGUCUUAUCCAGGUUUUGUUUUUGUUGUUGUUGUUAAGCGGCAGUAAAUGUGCGUUUUAAUGCAAGGUCUGCUCGGAUCUAACUAUUUUUUUAACAGAUGUUGAGCUUCGGGGAGCGGUCCCACACAGUUGUUCCGCAUUACAGCCAGCUCGCCGGUUGUGCGCUCGGCUGGGAAGGUUGGACUCGCAUGAAGACAGAUCGUAUGGGCUCCGAUACCUUCACCCAUUCGGCAUAUCAGUCAUACACUAAUCCCUUCUGGUGUGCUGGUUUGCAGUGAGUGCCCCCCACCCCCCCGUGUUGUCCACACUGAGUUCAUCCCCAGGAGAGGAGCCUGUUGGCUUGUGUCUUCGCACAAGCAGGACAGAAACGGAAGUUUGAUCCUUGAUUUUUUUUUCAAGUCAAGGCGCGAUACCUGCUGGGCUCCCCAGUUUUUGUCAUACCUGAGUCUUGCCCUCGCUCUGUGACGAAAACCCCCCCCCCCAGAGAAAGGCAGGGCCGCUGCCUUGAAGACGUCUUCAGGUGUUUAGUGGGGAUCCCCGGACUUAUCUUCGGCACCCAUGAGAGGGAGGAUGGGCACCCAGGGGAGCCCCGUAAAGAGUUACGACUAUCUCCUCAAGUUCCUGCUGGUGGGAGACAGCGACGUGGGCAAGGGAGAGAUCCUGGACAGCCUUCAGGAUGGCUCGGCGGAGUCCCCCUACGCGUACAGCAGCGGGAUUGACUACAAGACCACUACGAUCCUGCUGGAUGGGAGGAGAGUCAAACUGGAGCUGUGGGACACAUCAGGACAGGGCCGGUUCUGCACCAUCUUCAGGUCCUACUCCCGGGGGGCGCAGGGCAUCCUGCUAGUGUAUGACAUCACCAACCGCUGGUCCUUCGACGGCAUCGACCGCUGGAUCCGGGAAAUCGACGAGCACGCUCCUGGGGUGCCCCGGAUCCUGGUGGGGAACCGGCUACACCUAGCAUUCAAGAGGCAGGUGCCCACGGAGCAGGCGCGCGCCUACGCCGAGAAGAACGGCAUGACCUUCUUUGAGGUCAGCCCGCUCUGCAACUUCAACGUCAUCGAGUCCUUCACCGAGCUGUCCCGCAUCGUCCUCAUGAGGCACGGCAUGGAGAAGUUCUGGAGGCCCAACAGAGUGUUCAGCCUGCAGGACCUGUGCUGUCGAGCCAUCGUAUCUUGCACUCCGGUGCACCUGAUUGACAAGCUGCCCCUGCCUGUUGCCAUCAAGAGCCACCUGAAGUCCUUCUCCAUGGCCAACGGGAUGAACGCGGUCAUGAUGCACGGCCGCUCAUACUCGCUGGCCAACGCUGCGGGCGGCAGCAAGGGGAACAGCCUGAAGCGCUCCAAAUCCAUCCGGCCCCCCCAGAGCCCCCCGCAGAACUGUGCCAGGAACAACUGCAAGAUCUCUUAGCACGGGGGCCGAGGCCAGCGAGCUCGGGACCACCGGCAAGCCACAGGCUCCCACCCCCCGCCCCCCCCCCCCCCCCCCCCCCCCCCAAGCUGUCCUGCUGCUGAAAUCCUGCAAGGACGGACUCAGCGGAGAAGACGGGCUGGGUCUCUCCUGCUGCUGGUGCAGCCAUCACCCGGCACCAUCUCUGCUGCUGUCCGUCUUGUUCAGCCUUUCGCCUACUGCUUGCGGAGAGUUCCUCACUCUUUCUUCACACAUGGGACAUGGAGUGAAGUGUCUGUUUGUUUUUUUAACACACACACACACAUAUAUGUAUUAUUUAACAGAAAAAAAUUGAAGACCCAGAGAAAGAGACCUUUUUUUGUAAUGUAAAGUUUUGCACUGAAAUUUGUAUGCUGUUUUUGCAGUGUUCGAAAGGGACACAGUGUAGUUCUGGGGGGUGGCAGCACCAGGAAACUCGAAUAUCUGCCCUUCUGUCGCCCGUUGGAGUGUGGCAGUCUUGCCAGCCCCUAAAAAAAAGCAGAGAGGUCUGAUAAUAUGAUGGGAAGUACGGAUUUCCAUUUUCUCCCCCAUUUUCUUUCCGUUUUUUUAAGACCUAACUCCACAGACUGUGAAACGCCAUAUGGGUGCUGCUGCAAAAAAAGGUGAAAUUCUGUUGCUAGCAUGUUCCCUGCUUGCCUUGUGAUCCUUUCUUUCUUGCCAGGUGCUCUCUGCACAGUCUCUACUGUGUUCUAUCUUUUGGUUCAGUAACAAGUGCACCAAAGAUGUGUCUUUCCAGGGUAGAGAUGUGACAGCGUGCGUGAAGCCAACGAAAUUGGGAGUUGUGAGUUUUUUCUACCUUACACUAAAUGGUAGGUGCAUUGAACCACCAUUUAGUCUAAUUUAAUCUGAUCUUUUUUUUUAAAGAAGUUUCCGUUUUUUCAGACUUUUAUUUAUUUUUUAAAGCCUGAUCUGUAAUUGUAUUUAACCAGACUUAAAAAUGAUACGCAGGAUGUUUGUGUCCAAAAGUCUGUCAUUUGAACCGGCCCCAUGUACAUUCAGUCCCUACCGAACCCGAGUCCAGAGUCCUUCAGCAGACCGGCUUUGCUAGCUCGUCUCCUCCGUGUUGUGGUGCUUGCCCUGAUUGUAGAUGAAAGAUGGCUUUCACACAGAAAAACAAAACUCAGUUUUUGCCUUUUGGAUAAAUGCUGGCUGACUCAUCACUACAUUUCUUGCCGUCUAGGUGACUUCUUAAUCCAUAUAUCAGUUGAAAAAGGAAAAAAAAAAAACACUUGCUAUAAUUUCUAUGGCUGCAGCACUUCUGUGGGGAAGCGCGUUUUGGUGGUCGGGGGAGAUGUUUUCUCGCGAGACCCACCCCUAUUCGGGUUCUGUCCGCUUUCCAUGUACGCUGCAGUUGCAGGAAGGCCUUUUAAUCCUCCCGUGGGGCACCAAAGACCUCCUCAUUUCAAAGUUCCGCAUUUUGCAGAGAAGCGCCUCAGCAGUUCAGUAGGAUUUGUUCAACAUGCCUUAGCAAUCCUCUGUUUUUCUUCCUUUUGACAAUCUGAGGGCUGAAUCGGUCUCGGCUGCUGAGGCCAAAGACUAACUCAAACCUUUAGUGUGGAGUUCUGCACCAGUGGCCCUGUAAGCUGGUUCUCUUUCCGCUGGGGAGAUCUGCAACUCCUGCUCGCCUCGGGUUCAUUUCUAAAGCUCCUCUGCUUUUUUUUUUUUUUGCACCGCCACCACCCGCAUGUGCCCAAAGACCGCUGCUUAGCACACCUGAGGAAGAGCCCAUAAUCUCUUCCGCUCCCUCAGCAGUUACUUGUGUUGCAUGAAAGACCUGAACCAGACUUGAACCGCUGUGCGCUGAAAUGUGACUUUUAUUGGAUCCCCAGCCACACAUUCUAAGCUUUGUGUUCCAAUGACGUUGUGUGUAUUUUUUUUUCUUUAAAAAUAAUCGUUAACAUUGCAGAUGAAGGUUGGGGUACAUUAUUUUUAAUAAAUGCAAGGCCCUUUUUCUGGGGGGGGACAAAACAAGCUAAUGGUGUGCCUGGGGGGGUAGAAAUUGCCAAAAUGGAAAACUUGGCCAAGGAUGUAGAGAGGGUAGGAAUCCGUCUGGUCUGUAGAAAAAGCACAACUUGGUAAGAAGUUAAAUUCAUUGGAAUUUGUUUUAUAAGCAUUUGCAGUGUUUCGAUAACACUUGUUUCACUUGCAGUGCUGAAAUCGUUUCCGACAGUGCGUUGUCUCGGUUCUUUCCAGCAGUACUUGCUUUCUCCGGGAGCCCUGUUUGCACAGAGAGUGCAGUCGGGCCCCUCCCCCCGCCUUCAGGGACCGGCCACGGCCUCCUUGAGCCCAGCCCAGCCCAGCACAUGAAGCCCACCCUUGAGUAGGCUGAGAGUUGGGUUGCUCUUGAAGGCUCGGCUAGUGACAAGAUGACAGUGCAUCCUAUCGACACGGUGGUGUGCAGGGGCUCGAUUAGUUGCAUGAAAGAAUUAGAACUGUAAGUGCACAGCGGUCUGUGCAGACUCGAGAUGCCCUGCACCCUGGAAAAUAGGAUAGGAUUGUGCAGCUCUGAACGACAUCUUUGCAUCUUGACUGACUAGUCUCCUGAGCACACGAAACCUGUCCUUGUCAUUGCCUUGCAUUGCUUCCAUUUAGAAAACUAGUUCUUAUGUGGAAUAGUGGUGCUCGACAGUCUGCGUACACUGAAGUGUAAAGAGAGUGCAGAGCAGUCGGGAAGGAGUGGCCCUCUUUAUAUUCAAAGGCUUUGCCUGUUGCAGUGUUUAGACGGGAGUAGUUGCUAAUCCAGUUUUUUUUCUUCUUCCUCGAGUCGUAAAAUACCUUCAAGGAGAACGAGGCGAUGCAGCCCACCCGUUGCAGAACUUAAACUGUUCAGUUUAUACGGAGAGAAAAUUGACCGUGACCGUGUUCGUUUGCGAUUUUCACUUCAUUCCCUUUCUGCGGCACAUCCCUGUUUGCUUGUUAUUAUAUUGAAAUGUUUUUAUCUCUUUGAGUUGUGGA